AUGGCGGAAAAGAAUCAAUCCGAGCUGUGCCCAAGCUCUCAACAUGUGGAGUCUAAAGAUCCAGAGAAGCACCAGCCCGACGUGAUCUCUCAAGAGCGCCAGUCGGCAAUUUGCAGAAAGUUUGAUCGUCGUGUCUUGCCAAUUGUAUGUAUUCUAUACAUUCUAUCGUACUUGGAUCGAGGAAAUAUCGGCAACGCCAAGGCUGCCGGACUCGAUAAAGAUCUUAACCUCAGUGACUACCAAUGGUCUUGGGUCUUGUAUGCCUUCUAUAUCUGCUACAUCUUGUUCGAGUGGUCUACGGUUUUAUGGAAGAUUCUCCCAGCACAUUCGUACAUUGCCUUUCUCUGCAUUUGUUGGGGCGCAGCUGCAAUGUGUAGUGGUGCAGUGAAUACUUUCGCUCAACUUCUCGUCACUCGGUCCUUGCUGGGUAUCUUCGAAGCCGUCUUUGGCAGUGGUGCACCAUACUUCCUCUCCUUGUUCUACCAAAGACAAGAAUUAGGGCUCAGGGUAUCACUACUCCUUGGCAUGUCCCCAGUUGCCAAUUGCUUUGCCUCUGCUCUUGCCUAUGGCAUUACCCAAAUAAAGGGAUCUAUAGAGCCAUGGCGCUAUUUAUUUAUCAUUGAGGGCGCACCAACGGUUCUCUUCUCACUGGUAGUGUUUUUCUUCCUCCCCGACUCACCAGGCUCAGCAUCCUUCCUAGACGAAAGAGAACAAACAGAAGCAGUAGAACGCCUACAAGCAUUCGACACAACAGAGAAAAGCAAAGUCCACUGGUCCCAGGUCCUAAGCGGAUUAUCAGACUAUAAAAACUACAUCCACAUGUCCAUCCACUUCUGCUGCAACUACUCUUUCGCGGGACUCUCAAACUUCCUCCCAACAAUCAUCCAGCAUAUGGGCUACACAUCCAUCAACGCCCAAGGUCUAUCAGCACCGCCCUACCUCGUCUCCUUCCUCUGCUGCGUAGCAGCCGCCUUUCUCUCAGAUAGAUGGGGAAACCGAGGAAUCCUAAUUACAUUAUUCGCAACGAUGGCGACAAUCGGGUAUCUACUCCUCACAUGCGUGAAAGAUGAAUCAAACACCGCAGCGCGGUAUGCGGGUGUUUGGCUAGCGACUUGUGGAAUAUUUCCUGCUCUCGCUCUCAAUAUAACUUGGUUGUUGAAUAAUCAGGGUGGGGAAAGUAAGAAGGGUGCUGGGAUGGCUAUGCUUGCUAUUUUUGGACAGUGUUCUAGUUUGAUUAGUAGCUCUGUGUUUCCCGAUUCUGAUGCGCCGCUUUAUACGCUAGGAUGUGGGCUUGCGUGCGCCUUUACUGGGUUGAUUGUUAUCUUGGCUAUGGGAUUGAGUGUUAAGUUGACUUUGGAGAAUCGGAGACGGGAUCGGGUUUAUGGGGUUGUUGGUGUGGAUGAGAGAGUUGAUGUUACUGAUGUUGGUGAUAACCAUCCUAACUUUAGGUAUCUUACUUGA